AUGACCAUUCGAGCUUAUUCCAAGACAUAUUCGGUCCCCCGUCGCCCAUAUGAAAAGGCGCGCCUCGACGCCGAGCUGCAGCUUGCCGGUCGUUAUGGCCUGCGUAACAAGCGUGAAAUCUGGCGCGUCUCCUACAUGCUUGCGAAAAUCCGAAAGGCCGCUCGUGAGCUGCUUACCCUGGAGGAACGCUCGCCUAGAAGGCUUUUCGAGGGAAAUGCGCUCAUCCGCCGUCUCAUGCGCAUCGGUGUCUUGGACAAGAGCAAAGCAAAACUCGAUUACGUGCUCGCCUUGAAGGUUGAAGAUUUUUUAGAGCGCCGUCUUCAGACAAUCAUCUGGAAAGCCAAGCUUGCUAAAAGCAUCCAUCACGCCCGCGUGCUGAUCCGUCAGCGCCAUAUCCGCGUCGGUGGGCAGAUCGUGGAUGUCCCUUCGUUUACGGUGCGUUUGGAUGCAGAGAGACAUAUUGACUUUGCUGCAACCUCACCAUAUGCUGGUGGCCGCCCAGGUCGUGUAAAGCGCCGUCGCGAGCGUGAAACCGCCAAAGGCGCUGGUUCUGCCGAUAUGGUCGAGGAUGACGAGUGA